UAAUCGAAAACGCUAUUACAGUCGAGAACAUGGUGACAUUCUGUUACACUUACAUAAACAAGACUAUCUCGCAAUCACAUUUGUGACUUUACUUCCAAAUAAUUUUAUUAAUGACGAAUUGAAACUACAAUCCAUCAAAGCUCUAUAAAAUAUCUAUGGAACAUCUAUUGUUCCAUAUGAUAUCUAUGAAUAUAUCUAAUGGAUGUCGAAUGGAGAUAACCAGUUGGAUUUGUUGGCUUCUCGCCGUGUGCAUCUGUUUCUCCGAGGCGAAUAAAAUUAGGAGACCAUUAUCUUCUUCGUAUGCUUCUACGCUAAUGUUGAAAAAGCCACGACCCAUUAGUCACAGAAUAUCUAUGGGAAAUCCUGUUUCUGUCAGUGGUAAUCUUCCAUCCUCCCAUCAAAAAAUGCCUUACAAAUACAUUAAUUACAGAAUUCGUCGACCUGUGAUGUACAAUGCUUUGCCAAUCAAUUGGAAAAAUCAAAUUCCGAUACGAGCAACUCUUAGUAAUCGUGCAGUUUUGCCGCAACGUGUUUCCGUCAAGGAAUUUUACUCUAUAAACAAAAUACCGGAAUAUAGUUCGGAAUAUAGGCCAGAGUUAGUAGCUUUACCUACUCAUCGAGGAGAUAUCGAUGAUGACAAAGGACCCAUCCAUACGAUUCCGGCACCAAAUUUGAGCUUGGCGGAUAAGCCUUACAAUUCGAUGACUAAUUCGGAAGAGAUUACAGAUCGCCGUCCGUAUUCGAGCAAUUUUAAUUAUCAUACUAUUGUACAAAAUCCUAUGACGACCACUUUAGAAUUAGACACGUUGAGCAGCAACUUACCGCUGCAAAGAACAGCAACAAGUUCGACUCCAUUGCAACAUCAAUACGAAGUUACAGAAAGCAAUGAUGUAGCUCUAAAAGAAUAUCAAACUGUCCCACCGGCAAUACUUCAGCCUCAAGAUUUAGAUAUAACGAGGCUAUAUUCGAUUAUAAUGAACAAUCCUCCGCAAUCGAAUCAGCUUUUCACAAAUCAUCCCGUUAUCUCAAAUAUGGAUGCAGGGCCGACAAAUAUGCAAUUUGAGCAAUCGAGCGUGCCGAUACAAACGAAUCUUCAUACUGCCUUACAUGUAGGAUUUCCUGCCACAAUCAGUCAGACACCGUACACUAUAACGCAGCAAAUUCCAGCAGACCUCCAUGUAGGUCAUCCGGCUCCAGCGGGACCACCGUUAUCAGCUACACAACUUUACGAACUGUUAAAUAAAUUUCCGGAGCAAUAUACGUCAGAACAGCAACAGAUGCUUCAGCAACAACUUGGCCAAAUAUUUCAACGAGAUGCGGUAACAAGUUUCUCUCAACCGCAAAUGCAUUCCUUCAAUUAUGAUGAACAAGACCAGAUGCAACAACAGCAACAACAACAACAGCAACAGCAACAGCAACAACAACAACAAGUUUUACUCGAUCAGAAUUAUGCCUCCAAAAGUGUCACAGACUAUAAUCUUGAGCCAGUAUCUCCGCUAGACAUACGCAAAGAAAAUAAUAACGUACACGUUAAUGAAGAACUUACAUAUCUUAAAGAUAGAGCCGAGCAAUCCGAAAAUAAUAUUGAUUAUGAAGAAGUAAUACAAAAUUCGACUAUGUAUUUCAACAAGAUACCCGAUAACAAUAUUAUAUCGACCAACUUUUACACGACGCUUCCUAAUAGAGAAGCUGCUGAAAAAUUAGCUGCGCUAGCUGCCGCAGGUAAUGUGAACAGUCGUCUUAUAGGCCAGCUUCGAAAACAACAGGAGAAAGAUAUGCAGAAAGAUAAUCCAAUGCCAUCUAAUCAUAAGAAUAGUGACAGCGAUGUGAAUCGACAACAAACCGAUAGCGAUCAACAACAAAAGAAUAAUCAACCGACAUCAUAUCAUACAAGUCAGCAGCAGUACAGCAAACAAAGUUAUAUAAUACAAGAUCGUGAAAAACCUCUACAAAUCACGGUACCUAAUGAGGAUGAUUACAUUAUGAGUGAUGACGAUCAACAGAGUGAUAUAAAAAGAGAUAACAUAGACAUGGAGUACGAAUAUGAGAAUGAAGAUGGGGAAAUUGGAGAUUCGCAAUCUGCCACUUCGUCCAACGAAAAACCGUCUUACGAUAACAAUUCUCAUACCGAAUUUGGUAGUCGUCUGCGGACGAAAAUAAAAAAUUAAAAAUAUAUCAUUAAUAAUCGACUGACAGAAAACGGUAGGAUAACAGUAUCGUAAUAUAAUUUAUUUAUAUUUUAUAUUUAUAUAUAUUGAGAAAAAAAAGUAUAUUUAUAACUGUAUUUAUACCUCGUUGAGAUAAAGACUUAAUUUAUAUAUAUGUGUAUUUUAUUCAUAUUAAAUUCGGGUUAUAUUUAUACAAUAUACUGUCUGCAGGGCAAAUCGUAAUUGAAUUAUGCCACUUUUUAGCGUGCAUAUGACACUUAGUAUGAAUCAAACAGUCAGUGAUUUCGGCACUUUAAAAAAUAAGUAAAAAUUUUAAUUAACUUGUAGAUUGUUAAUUUAUUUUAUUUUAAAUAUUCAUGAAUUAUUGUAUUAUAUAUACA